GUGUAUUCAUUGUUGCAGCGAAGAGAACUCCUUUCGGGACCUAUGGAGGUUUGCUGAAGGACUUCACGGCCACCGAUCUGACAGAACAUGCUGCUCGAGCUGCCUUGGCCGCUGGCAAGGUCUCUCCAGAGAUCAUUGACAGUGUCGUCAUCGGCAACGUCAUGCAGAGCUCCGCAGAUGCGAUUUAUAUUGCCAGACACGUUGGUUUACGUGUGGGAGUUCCUGUCCCGGUUCCAGCCCUCACUGUCAACAGACUUUGUGGCUCUGGUUUCCAGUCCAUUGCCAGUGGAUGUCAGGAAAUUUGCCUUAAUGACUCAGAAGUUGUUCUGUGUGGCGGAGCUGAAAAUAUGAGCCAGGCUCCUUAUGCAGUUCGAAACAUUCGAUUUGGAACCAGAUUAGGAGCAGAGCUCAAGUUGGAAGACACGUUGUGGGAAGGUCUAACAGAUACACAUGUUAAAAUACCUAUGGCCGUUACAGCUGAAAAUCUGGCUGCAAAAUACAACAUCACGCGAGAGGACUGUGAUCGAUACGCAUUCAGAACGCAACAGAGAUGCAAAGCUG